GCGACGGCCAAACCAGCUUUGGCGGGGGAGUGUGGAAUGUCGACAGCUGCAUCGUCUAAGUGAGUUCAGGACUUUCCACGAUGCUGUCAGUGACAAAGCAUGGACCUUUGCUCUGUGGUGGGCAGCAGUGCAGCUGUGCAGCAGAGUGACUUGUCAGCGCAAUUUUCUCUCGUUCCAUUCUAUGCACCUCUCGGACUCGCAUGCUGCGGCAGCACAUUGUGGCAUCGGUGAUCGAGCGUGCAGAGAAGGGCAGAGUGCCAAGAAUUUGUGUUUCAAUGGAUUUGAGUCUGAUCGCCCCCAGGUCUGUGAGGAAGUGAUGAUGGUGAUGAAUUGGAAACGGUAGGUUUGCUGCUUGAGUAGCUAGAAUUUGAUGGAGAAGUUGAUCAAGUCUCCCGGAGGAGAAGCUGUUGAACCUUGUGAUUAUUGUUGCGUCCUUGGCGGAGAGGAAUAGAAGGCGUUCGAGUCAUUCUCUUCCGAAGUGUACAUUUUUUUUCGCACUCAAGUUUUGGAGGAGCAUGUUUACUGCAACAAGAGGAGAUCGGUGGUUUAGAUUUUUGACUGCUACUCAAUUCCCACAUCACAUCUAGUUUCGGGUAUUUGAGGAUCAUUGAUUAUGCUUGGGUGCUGUUGUGGGAGAAAGGGUGAUACUAAAAAUCACCGACCAUCUCCCAGUUCAACUCCUGCUACUUUGGGACCUCCCUUUCAACCUCCGUCUCAGAAUUGGCAGGGCGCGGGCUAUUUCAUGCCGUAUAGCACCAUGGGGGUUGAACCUUAUGGCAAUGUCGACCGAUGCAUGAGGGCUCUAGCCGGUGGAGCCGAAGGCUUUGGCCAUAGUGCAAUCGGCGGUCUAAAUGGCGAAAUUUACCACGUUACCUCGCUCGCAGAUCAGGGACCAGGCACACUUCGUGACGCAUGCAAACGAAAGGAACCCCUGUGGAUCGUCUUUGAGGUAUCCGGCAACAUUUGUUUGGAAAGUUACCUGCGAGUUACCAGUUACAAAACCAUUGAUGGGAGGGGACAGCGAGUGAAACUUAUGGGGAAAGGUCUGCAACUGAAGGAGUGUGAGCACGUUAUCGUCUGCAACUUGGAGUUUGAAGGAGGACGAGGUCAUGAUGUGGAUGGUAUACAGAUGAAGCCUAAUUCCAAGCAUAUAUGGGUGGACCGCUGUACCUUACAAGACUUUGAUGACGGUCUGAUUGAUAUUACACGCCAGUGUACAAAUAUCACGAUUUCAAGGUGCCAUUUCUUGAAGCACGAUAAGACCAUGCUCAUCGGGGCAGAUCCCAAGCACGUUGAAGAUCGGUGUAUUCAAGUAACCAUUCACCACUGCUGGUUUGAUGGAACCAGACAACGUCACCCGCGAGUUCGAUUUGGCAAAGUUCAUCUCUACAACAACUAUACGCGAAACUGGGGUAUCUACGCAGUUUGUGCAAGUGUGGAGGCUCAGAUUUUAUCACAGUGCAACAUUUAUGAGGCUGGCACACACAAGACUGCAUUUGAGUAUUAUACUGAGAAGGCAGGAGACAGGGAUCAUGCAGUUUCUGGCAACAUCCGAUCGGAGGGUGACAUAUUUUUGAAUGGAGCUAAAGGCGAACCUAGGAACCCUCUGUCAGUGUUCAAAGCGGAGACUUUCUAUCCACAUUGGACCCUUGAGCCUGCAGGGGAUGGUUUGGUGAAGAAAAUUUGUAAGAGUGCUGGGUGGCAGAAUUGUGAAAGGCCUGCCGACACUCCUGUCCGCUAAGUCCUCAAAAUUAUUUGAACAGUAGAAAUAAAGUGAGCUUGUAAAUCAGACUCAUACAAUAAAAAUUGUGGCCGGGUUGGUAAUUACUGAUGUUUUGUGUUUUGAGGCAUCUUGUAGUGGUCGG